GUCCUCGGGCGGCAGGACACGUUGGAACGCGCGAUGGCGAUGGCAUCCGACCAUGUGCGGUAUCUGAUGCUGCUGUUGGUUGUCCUGCUCGGCGAUGCUGGCCAAGCGGCCGAUCCCGUGGGCACAGGAGGACCCGCGAUGGUGCACGUCGGUGAGGACGCACUGCUAACGUGCGUGGUGAUGACACCGUUCAACAACGACACCGUCCUGUGGCGCAAAGGACCACACGAGAUACUGUCGGCCGGCAUGAACCGGGUCACCGGCGACAAGCGGAUCAGCGUGCUGCACGAUGACUCGCCCAAAGGCAGAACUCCACUCGGCGGCGAUGUGUGGGUGCUGCUCAUCAAGGAAACACGUUUGAACGAUUCCGACGUGUACGUGUGCGAGGUGAACAGUGACCCGAUUGUAAGGAGCUUCCAUCCGCUAACAGUCACCACCACCGCCUCAUCGUCCGCCUCUCCCGGCCAGUCAACGUCACCGGAAACCGUAACCUCGGAAGAGGACGAAUCGUCCGACAUGUACACCGACUCGGAGGAGGAAGUGAGCCAGGACGGUGUGCCGCUGGUGACGCACGAUUUCACCGACUGCUGUCACGCGAACAACGUGUCCGAAGCGUGCAUGGGGUUCUGCGUGCUGCACAACAUACUGGACGGCUCGGCCGGUGCGGAACCGGAGCAGUGCGAGCGCGACUUCCCGAACAUUGUGCGCUGUAUGGCGGACGGGCGGAAUCAUGUGCCGUGCUGCGUGGAGAAGGGCAUACCGGACCUCUGUCAGGAUAUGUGCCGCGGAGAGUAUACGCCCUUUACCGAUCUGCUGAAGUCGCGCGUGUCCUGCGUACAGCACACGCUGCCGGGGCUGCAGUGCAUCCUGGACAACAUCCAGCGGCUACCGUCCGAGCCACAAUCCGUCUCGGUGGAACCACUGACGGAGCGUUCGCUGCAGGUUAGCUGGCAAGCACCGGAAAAGUUGACCGCCAGCGUAAAGUACUACCAGAUCAAUGCAACCCGGCUGCAUGCGUUCGAUCAGGACUUUCUGGCGAACGCUACGGACACGAAGGAUGGAUUGGUCACGCUGCAAGUUUCAGCCGAUCAGACGACGGCCGUUCUGUCGAACCUGUCGCCCUUCACGAUGUACACCGUCACUGUGAGUGCGCAUAACGAUCACGGUUCCAGCUUGCCCAGUAUGCGCAUUCGUGCCCUUACACUGGAGGGUGGUGUCGUCAGCAAGCAGACCAGUGUCGCCGUCGUACCGGUACUUCCAGAUGUACGUGGUUGUUGCAUGAAGAAAGGUAUCACACAUCGCACCUGUCUGGAGAAGAUGUGCGAUCCAGUAAAGGCCGACUUUACCGAGGUACCGGAUCUGAUGGUUUGCGCACCGUGGGCUAACAUCACCUUUGCCUGCCUGGCGAACAACAUCGACCAUACGCCGUGCUGUAAGAGCCGUGGAAUACCCGAAGGAUGUCUUUCGUUCUGUUCCGGCACCGUCAAAGCGAUCAACUUCAACUACUUCAAAUGUCUCCAGUACAUGUCCGAGUACAGUAGCUGUCUGCUGCAGGGGUACGGUGUGCUUUCGGGUCCUCCCUCAAAGCUGAAAGCCCCACUGAUAGCCAGCCAUUUUGUGGUGUUGGAAUGGAAACCACCCAAGAUUCUGCCAGAUACGGUCACCGCGUACCAUCUGCACCUCCGCAAACUGGGCAGUGGCGAGGAGUACACCGUGCUGGAGAAAGAUCAAGCCCCGGUGAUUGUGGAGGAUCUGGAAGCGUUCACCUACUACGAAGCGUUUGUUGUGGCGGUGAAUGCGCACGGCAAGGGUGGUCCCUCACCUCGCUUGGUGUUCCAAACGAAGCGCGAUAUGCUGAUGGAACCGGCCCACACACACUACAACAUAUCGGCUUGUUGUCACGCCUCUGGUUUGUUACCGCAGUGUGCUCCACUCUGCAGCUACGAUGCCAAAAUGUCCGACAUUCAGAAGUUGGGCAACACAUGCCGCGGGCAGAUUGGAACUAUUGUGCGCUGUAGUGCUGGUGGACGAGACCACACAUCCUGCUGCAAUCGUCGGGCAGUUCCACCCAAAUGUCAAUCGCUUUGUCGCGGUGUUAUUACGAGCUCGCCUGCCGAUUGUUUGCCAUUUGCGGGUAACAUUAUACAGUGCUUUGAGGAGGGCAUUGGACACAUUCCGGCACCGGUUGAGGAUCUGCACGUUACAUCCGUGACGAACACUUCCAUUUCGCUUGCCUGGGUACCGUCGGAAAUGGAUGCAAACAAUACGGCCAAUAAACCAUCCGAUUAUCUGGUCCAGUACGGUAAGGUGAACAACAUGACUAUGUACGAGACGGUGAUAAAGUUGGAACAUGAACUCAACACUACCGAAACGGAUAUAGAGCUGAAAGAUCUCGAACCGAAGGCGCUCUAUCGCAUUACAGUCGUAUCCCGCGGCGACCAUGGCACGUCUCUACCCUCGUCUAUGCUUCUGAUCAACACCUCCCGGACGGAUUCAGCCAGCACGGUUUACGGUGCACCAUCUCCGCCCCACUCGCUGGCAGUUUCGGCCCACAGUGCGACCUGGAUCACGGUGUCCUGGCAGCCGCCAGAGUUUUCCCAUCCACACGAGAGCAUCACCUACCGGGUGAUACACAAGGUGGCUAAUAACUACACCGUGAUCGACACGCGGCUUCUGUGGGUGCGGGUGAACAAUCUGCUCCCAAACACACAGCACAUCGUGUACGUGGUGGCGAUUGGGUCCAAGGGAACCAGCCUACCGUCCGAAACGCUCGUAGCGUGGACGGAUCCCGCCUUACCCGCUUACGUUGAUCCUCCCACCGUACACCCUUCGGACAUCAUCUCCGAAGGUGGAUCCAUGACGAUCCUCUGCCUAGCAAUGGGAAAUCCAGCUCCAACGAUCUCACUCUACGUCGGAGGACAUCUGGUGAGGCAGGAUACUUCACGGCACAUGAUUACCGUGAUCCACAAUGUCACGACGGAUAUGGAACACAUUUCCUGUUAUGCCGACAACGGUUACGGCAUCCCAAUGCAGGCUGCCAAGAAGGUCAACAUUAGCUUUGCUCCUCGUAUACAGGCCUCGGGUAUAACGGUGGCAUCGGUGGGGGAGUCGGUUGAUCUGAAGUGUACCAUCCGUGCCCGUCCCAUUCCAAAAACCAUGUUCUGGCGGGAUCACGACGGACGCGUUCCAGUGAUACAGGGUGGCAAUUACGAUAUGUCCAUGAAGAACGAUGUUGAUGACAACUCGCUGUACGUGAUGACACUGACGAUCGCUAAGCUUGGCUCGCAGGAUGUUGGCGAUUACUUCUGCCAUGCGGAGAAUGCGUUGGGUUCGUCGACGAGAGCCGUAUCGGUGCGCAUCCGCAAUACGGCCGCAUCGUCCAACAUUUCCGAGUGCUGCGCGGCACAAAACGUAUCGGCAGCGUGUAUGAGCGCUUGCUCGUUCUACAUCGACAUCGAAAGCGUGAUCGAUCGGCCAGAGUGCAUCGUGGACUUUGACAAGCUGAUGCGUUGUGCUGCCGAUGGUUCGGACCAUCGUGGCUGCUGUGCCUCGAAGGAUGUACCGAGACGGUGUCUUAACUGGUGUCGCGGUGAACCGAUCACACCGCCCGGUAUCUGUGCGCUGCAGCACACCCGCACGAUCGUGGGUUGCUUCCAGGAGAACCGUGAUCGGCUGCCUGGACCACCACAAAAUCUGAAGGUGCAGGUACUGAGCGACGAGGAGGUGCUGAUCCGAUGGGAUCCCCCGGCAAAGAACCCAAGCACGGUGGAAGGAUAUCGGGUGUUCUGGCACGAUCUCGAACCGGUCACUGAUAACCUUUCGAACGUCAUCAACGGGCUCGCGACGAGCCGGUUGGAUGCGAAGGAAACGAGCAUCAAGCUGGAAGGCCUCAAACCGAACGUCAUGUACGAGCUCGUGAUCAAGGCGGGCAACCAUUUGGGUGCUUCGGUACUUUCGGAACCGCUACGAUUCACGCUCGGUGAUCAGCACAUCACCAGCGCAUCGCACGGCACUAACGCCGGUGUGGUCAGCGGCAUCAUUGCCGGGUUGCUCGCGAUCAUACUUGCGAUCGCGGCCAUUUUUGUCGUAAAGCGUGGAAGGUUUGGACCGAAGCAAGCAAACGGGGGCGUUGCGUUCGAAAAUCCGAGCUAUCUGCGCGAGAUGAACGUCGAACAUGUGCAGAUUCCAGCCGUUUCUGGACCGGGAGUUGGCAAUGGUGCGGACUGGCGGCAGGAAACGCUGCACACAGCGAACGGUACGGCUACGACCGGGCUCACGCAUGACAAUUCCGUCGUCCCGAUGGCCACCGAGGUGAACCCGUCGCUGUACGAGGAGCUCAAGCUUGGCCAUGAUCGUGCCGGGUUCAAGCGGCUCGUCUCCUAGGAUACGAUGAUGGCCGACCCGGAUAAACCGCUGGUCGGAGGUGGCACGGUACUUGUACAUACCAGUGGACAGUUUUAGAUGUGAUCAUCGACUAACGCGAGUUUCGAUACGUAGUUUGUGAAGGCCGAUUUGUAUUUUGUACUCAUAAACUCUGUGACACGCGAAAAAAAAAGGGAAAACCCAAACGAUAUGGAGGGGAAGGGGGGGAAAACCAUGGGACAAGCAAGUGCAACACACGGACAAACACCGUAUACUAGAGUAAUAAGGACGCAACCACUAGGGCCGACACACGGUAGAUCACCGAUCUUCGACCAGCAGUCACUCAUCGCUGUUGUUACGUUUCACCGGUGUGAUAGAGUUCUGGUGUCACGAAAUGACAGAAAACCAACCAAACACAACGACAGUGAUGCUUCUUCAUUGCACCAUGCACGACGUGGAUGAUGGCCCUGAAGAGGAGGGGUCUGCAUGCGGCCACCAAUCCCCAUCCGCAGUAAACCAAGGCGCAAAGCACAAGUACCGCUCUAGUCAACUAAGGAAACGGAAAUUGAUAUUGACAACAUAUGGAACAGAACAUCCGUUCGUGUUUUUUUUUGGGGGCAUUAUGUAUGUAGUACAUCGUUUUGGGGCGGAAUAUCCGCAGGCAUUCCUCCACGUCUACACUGAUUAGUUACCAGUCCGUUAGGGUUUUUUUUCUUCUUACAUUUCUCACCUUCCCACCAUCUGUCCAAAAUACUUAAACAACAUGACAACAUGUCGAACAUGUGUAAUCUCAGUAGCUGUGGUAUCACUAAUACGCGUAAGCUGUCGUUGUCGCGUCGUGCACAAGUAAUUUUAGACUUCUCUCUCUCUCUUACACACACAUCGAUACGAGCUUUGGUUUUACCUUUUUCUCACCAAUCCAACUACAAAAACAUUAUCCUCAAAAUGGACACCGGCACACAGGAAAUAGUAUACCCGAGAGGUGUGAUUUUAAUUAGGCUCUAUGCAAAUGUUUAGAAUGUUAACAAAACGUGACAAAGACCAACGUAUAUCCCAUCACACAAUGUUAUUUGCGCACGCGGGUGAAACGUUCGCAUGAGUGUUUCAGUGUUCCCUUUCCGUUCACGUGAACAUUAUUAGUAACCCCAGUCAGUGCACACCGUAGUUAUAACGGCAGAAGGUAAAGAAAAAAAAAGAGACAGAAACACAUUUUAAAUAGAAAGGAACGGUUGUUUGAGCCAUUUUAGUGAAUGAUGUGCGAGCGAGCGAGCGCGCGUGCGUGUGUGUGAGUGUGUACGUGUGUCUGUAUGUGUGUAGUUUGUAAAACGGGAUGGCGCGUGUGCGUGCGUGUGUGUGUGUGUGAAAAAGUGUGCAGUAGAAAAAAAAGUGAACGACGAUAAGUGCAGAGGAUCGGAUCGGAUCGCAGUGUCAGAAGUGGGGGGCAGGAAGCAAUAAAUUUGAGGAUAGUUUUUAUAAUAAACAAA